AAAAACAAAACUUCAAUAUUUAGAAUGAUUGUUUUAUUGCUUCAUUCCAUUAUUACAGGACUCAGUAGCACAUUCAAGUAUCGUCUAUACCAUGGCCGGAGAACUGAUGUUAGGAGAUUUUUUCACGGACUUCAAUACAAAUGAAUUUGACUCUGUUCAGUCCACUCAAUCGUGGAUGACUGACGUCUUUGAAACUCUUGAUGAUCAGCAAAUCACUCACGAUGAUUUUAUAUUAGAAAAUAUUCCCGAAGAGAUAAAAACUAAGUUGGAUGCUCCUCUCUGUGAUAUUCUGAAAACGGAGACUGUUGCAGAUGAUUUCUUUGUCGGCGAUGAAAUUGAAAUAAGGGAAUCUACUUCCUUGGUCUCCUCAUUCCUAGACGACACAGCUAAUUCUGAUGAAUCUAGUGGCUAUGCAUCUUGUGUGCAGUCUUCGAACAACUGUUCUCCAAACUUGGUCCACAUGAAUAGUGAAUCUUCACGCCCUACAACUCUUCGUAUAGUCCCAACGUCAGAUACAAAGUCCUUUACUACUAACUCACCCCAUAAAAUCCAUGUAACGCGUAUCAAUCCUCCGCAAAAUAACACUACUGUCCAAGCAGUUUUACAGAAAUCCUCUUUUAGGCUUGACGAUAACAAACCCAAUCGUGUCCACUUCAUAUUGAGACCUUUACCCUCAGAUUCAUCGCAUAAAACAGUAUCCUUAGAUGAGAUAAACCUUGAAAACAAAUCUUCAGGAAAGCCCUCUUUCUUAAAUGAGCACUCUAACCUUACCAAUCCUAAAAGUUUAUAUAAAUUAUUGCACGUCAAUAAAAUUGAAGAAGACUCAGUAUAUGAUCGAAGUGGUGUUGUAGAAUCUUUAACGCCAUGCGGAUCCCAGUCGAGUUCAGAGUCUGAUAGUAGAGAUAUUUACGACGAUGACAUGUCAUGCCACGAAAAUCUCAAUGAAUGUUCACUCGACCAGACCGGUUUCAAGAAGUCGCUACUCAGUCAUCAAAACCUGAGCAGUCAUUCUAGAAAUGCUGGUACCAGCAAAGGUCUACCUAGAUUGUCUGAUAUUGAUACUCCAUUCUAUGAUGAUGGUUCAUCCAGUGAUUAUUCACAGUCAACGAAGAUCACACAACAGCGGUUUUUCCAUGAUCAGAUGUAUUCUCGUAUUCGUGGUACUACACGGAUUGGGCAGUCUGACAUCAAUCAUUCUCAUAUGUUGGUACUCACGGAAGAAGAGAAACGUACUUUAAUUGCAGAGGGUUAUUCCAUUCCAACACGUUUACCUUUGUCCAAACAAGACGAACGAAACCUUAAGAAGGUUCGACGAAAAAUUAAAAACAAAAUAAGUGCACAAGAAAGUCGCCGAAAGAAAAAAGAAUAUCUAGAAGCACUAGAAAGAAAAGUCAGUAUUUAUUCACAAGAAAACACUGAUUUAAAACGUCGUGUGGAUGGCUUAGAAAGUACAAAUCGUUCUUUGUUAGGUCAAUUGCGUCUAUUACAGCAACUUGUCAGUAAAUCCAAAGCCAGUAACACUUCAAAUUCGACAUGCUCCACUGAUUCAAACAAAACUGGAAAUCAACCAAAUCAUUUGACUACAAGUAUCAAUGGCUCUGUUGAUCCUUCGACUCGAAUUACUUAUAGUAAUGGUUCACCUUCCACUUGUUUGAUGGUCUUUGCCUUAUGUUUUGCUGCCUUAUGGAUUGGGCAACCUUCGGGAAAUGGCAAUCAAAAUGCAAUGAACUCUGGUCUAAGCUUUACUUUGAGUCCUCAAAAUUCCUUCAAUUUUUGGGUAUCACAAGUUCCGCAGCGUCUGGUAUCUGGUUCACUAUCCCAAAUUGGUUACUCGUUCUCGAAACAACCUCAGUUUAAUGAGUAUAAGCAUAGUUCUUUCGACAAUUUUGAUGUAAAGAAGUCAUAUGACGCCCAGUCUGUGGUGCAUGAUUCACCACAAGAACAAACAUCAAAAUUAGACAGUCAGUUACCUCAACAUUCUUCUCCAGCUACUCAGAAAUUUCAUGGUUAGUUCCCAUUCAUUCUUAUUUUAGUUAAAAUGUAUUCAUUUGAAGUCAGCUUCUUGUAGUUGUAUUACGUGGAUUGAUAUGUCAAGUAAAUCCUGGAGUGAAUUGUUGACUUUUAUCAAUAUCCAUGCAUUAAAUAUGAUAACUAGGUAUACAUACAGAUGAACAAUUAAAUAUAAAAAUGUUGUGUCAAGUAGACCCGAAGCUGAAGUUUUAAUUUGUGGAAGAAGAAAGGUAUUGGGAAGACCCAAUGAAUUCCUUAAAAAUAUCCAGAGGAGCCCUAAAAACGCUGAGAAAAAUAUUUUGUCUAAUCGGCGUUGAAUGAAAGUUUUUCAAAAACAUCUGGAAAGUGGAGAGUCAAGUGUCACAAUUCUGAUUGGAUGAUUGUUGUGUUGAUCACCAAAUUUUAUUGAUUUCUUCAGCUGGUAAUACAUACUGUUCGUAUAUGAUUUGACCUUUCUCUAUGCUCAAUAUUCACGUCAUAAUUUAAGCAAGUUAAGAGACACUUGUGUCUAUUGCUAUGUUAAGCCCACAUAGCUUAUCCUAGAUUCUGGACAGGCCAAUUUAUCCAUUCUUCAGUCACGUUUUGACCUUGUUAAUUAUUCACGUAUCAACCUUGACUGUUUUUAUAUCAGUGUUUUUAUUUGCACUUAUUCUCAUACUCAUCACGUGUCUGUAGCUUAUUUUUACCUGACUAUAUCGAUUAAAGCUUGAUUAAAUCGAGUCGGCCCACACGUCUUCUCCGUUGCACGUCAUUUCGCUUCGCUCUCUUUUUCAUACUCUUUGUCCCUCAAAUGCAUUCAAAAAUCCAUCUUCGUAUUUGACGUAUUUAAUUCCGUUAUUCACUAACGCAAGUUAGGUCAAUAAUUAUAUAGUAGGGUUGGCGACAUUUAUAUCUCAAUAGCAAUCAGAAUCGAUCCAACUGGAGUCAAAUGUAAGGCCUCCAAACACUUCUGAUUAUACCAUUUGUUACAAAGAUUACGAAUUGGUAUAUGCUGAAAUCAUCUUGUACAUCAAUGUCAUACGUUUCGUCAAAUUUAGGAGAUUAAAUAACUCAUUAGUAAGUAAUUUUGUCACACAAAUUGAAUUACUUUGAUCUUCUAUAUGGAAGUUACGUACUUCAAGUCAUUACAUUUAUUUUUGUCUUCCGAUUAUCAUGAAGUUCAUUUCUGGUGUUGUACAAUUCUUUAUUAUUUUGUUCUCACCGUCUGUCUUUGAUAUUCAAAUAGUUGAUCAUCCAGAAGUUAUAUCUUCUGUAUAACAAAUGUAAGUAUUCUAGUUUAUUAUAUGAUAUUAGUUAUAUUGUGUUACUUUUCAUUAACUUUCAGUCCAGCGUUCGAGACUUCUUGGGGAAGCAAGUGAGUUGGAAGAUUGUGGUCCUGCAAAUUCUUUUUGGUCUUAUUUAUUCGGAAAUCCGACCUCAUCCAAACAUCAAAUUUGUGGUCGAAACGAUGAUCUACCCACAACAGAACUUCAGCUUUUUGACGACAUCGAAAGAGAUUUAAUGCUCACUCUGUUACCCAACUCAACAGAUUCUAAAUACUAUUCGAAAUUCAAUGAAUCCAAAAGCUCUUUUCAUGUAACUUGGCCACCUGUGAUAGAAUUAUCUUAAAGUAUCAUCUAAUGAAAUUUACUACUACAACUUUUCAUCUUUCAUGAGGUGGUUCAUGUCACCGUUUGUUGAAGGUGAUACUUUGUUAUGAACCAUUUCAUUGUGUAUGUGAUACUCUCAUUUCCCAUUAGGAAUUACUACUGUCCAGUUUUAACCCAAGUGCUAAUACGUUCAUUUAUCUGUGUUCUAAUAGUAUUUUCUUAUGUGACACUCCAUGAUAAUGUUACAUUUGUGAUCCGUUUUACUCGUGAUUUCUUAAUUUUUUGGGUGAAUGGUUAAGUGUAAUGUGUGUAAUUUUUGUUUUCAUUUUUCUUCUGUUUAUAUAUAAACAACUGUGUAUAUUUAACCUUAUUGGAUAUGCUCCUGACUUUCUAUAUUCUUCAUUCCUUAUUUUUUAUGAUUUACUUCUAUGGAUGACAUGAAUCGUACUUGUAAACUUAUUUACUAGCAUGACUUUCAUCCCUUUGAAUUUUUAACUCCAUAAUAUGAUCGUAAUUUUAUAUCAAUCCACUGUUUGGAUUGGGAUUUUUGAAACAAAUCGGUCAUGUUCAUUCUCCGAAAAAUAAAUAAUAUUCAACUUAAUAAUAUUUUCGACGUCAGAUUUUGUAUAUGUUUAUUUUUGCAUUUACCUUGUGGAGUAAUAAUUCUUUUGUAUUAUUAUUUACUAACAUAUAUUAUUCUCCCUUUUUUGUGUAAGAAACUUUGUUGUGCUACGCUUUUCGCACAUAUACAUCAUGCUCUGUUAGUCUUUUAUUCACUUCUUCGUAAUUGCUUUAAUCUCUGGUUGGUUGAUUUAAAAUAAAUUUCGUCAGGACGCU